UUGGCUGAUGAUAGAUAGGUUAAACCGGCUGAGAAUUAGAUUAUUAGCGUUUUUGAUACUAUAGCAUUGGAAAACUUAAAGUUUGAAGGAUCAAAGGAUCAAAGGACCAAAUUGUUGUCAUUAUCGUCAACGAGGCGACGAUGGAACAAAGGUUGAGAAGAAGGCUAGGUUAUGUGAAUGCGGACAGGAUUAGUGAGUUGCCUGAAGCUUUGCUUGUACAGAUACUGUCUUUGCUUCCAACAACAAAACAUGUCAUAGUCACAAGUGUUUUGUCUAAAGGAUGGCGAUCACUUUGGAAGAUGGUCCCUAGGCUCGUGUUUGCAUCUCCCAGUCAGAAAUUUGAAGAUAAAGUUAUUAGUACGUCUUUGCUUUCACAUGAAGCUCCAGUUCUAGAGAGUUUUCGUCUGAGGCUAGUUAGAGAUGAGUAUAUGGGAGAUAUUAGAGCAUGGCUGGGGAUUGCAUUUGCACGCCAUGUGCGUGAGAUGGUGCUAGAUGUUAACUUUCAGGUAUCUUUUCCAGGUAGCAUGUUUUGCUCUGCUUCUUCACUUGAGACCUUGAUACUCAAGAACUCGAUCCAUGUGGAUGUUCCUUAUCCUGUUUCUAUGAAGUCCCUUAAAACUCUUCACCUUCAUGAUGUGACGUACAAAGAAGAUGAAUCAGUUCGUAACCUUUUAUCUGGCUGUCCUAGUCUUGAAGAUUUGCUAGUGGAUCGAGGUUACUCUAUUCAUGAUGCAAAGAUUUUCACUAUUGUCGUGCCAUCUUUGAAGAGACUUGCCAUAUACGAUCCCUGUACUGUACGAAAGGGUGGGGGAUAUGUGAUCAACGCUCCUUGUUUAAAAUACUUGGAAAUUGAGAUGAUAAUAGGUUGUGACUUCUGUCUGAUUGAGAAUUCGCCAGAGCUAGUUGAGGCAACUAUUAGAAACGUCUCUAGGAUAGUCAACGAGACGAUUCUGAGAUCUCUCAAACCAACCAAACGUCUUUCCUUAAACUUAUCACCCCUGGAGAUUAACUGUCCUACGAGUACUAUCUUCUAUCAGCUGGUAUAUUUAGAUGUGUACGCACAUAAAGCGGAGUGGUGGAAUCUUCUUAUCCUCAUGCUCAAUAACUCUCCUAAACUCCAAGUCCUCAAGAUCACUGGUGUAAGAUAUUUUAUUAUCAAAAUUCACUACUCAAUUACCUCUUUGUGA